UAUAUCUUGUCAAAUCCACCCACAGACGGCGACUGACGGCGGUGAGAAGAGCGACGUGAAAAGUUUGCGAGAAAAACCAUUAGCUUGCGUAACCGCCUUUAGGGCCACAAACAUAAAGCAGCAGGAGUCAUCCUUCGAUCUAUUCGAUUCAAAUCACCCUACUUAUCACGGUCGCUGACACAUCUCCGACGAACGGAGUUUCGGUACCUCCAAAUAUGGGAGCUAAUCCCGAGCUUGAAAGCCUGUUUCCUGAGAAAAAGCGAGUCAGAAAUCCUUUCGUUCCAAUCGGUGCCUUGAUCACUGCCGGGGUGCUGACAGCUGGUUUGAUUAGCUUUAAGACGGGGAACUCACAGUUGGGUCAGACAUUGAUGAGGGCUCGUGUGGUUGCUCAGGGCGGAACUGUUGCACUCAUGGUCGGCACUGCAGCCUACUAUGGGGAGAAGUUUUGAUGGGUGUUUAUCUUUACUUGAGAGAAUCUGCAUUCGUGUGUUCUUAACAUUGGUUCUUCUUUACAAUGGCCGUUAAACCGAUAAAAUAGUUAUUUCGUUGAAAUAUGGACUGUGUACACAUUUGAUUUAAAUCCAAAAAAAUGUAAUAACGCAAGUUUAGGCAUUGAUCUUUUCGUCGCCUAUAACAAAAUCUCAUAAACUCAAGGUUAUAUAUUGAUAAUUAUGUU